AUGUCUUUGUACAGUAGCCGGUUUAGCAUUGCGUCCUUCGACCCCGAGUGCGUCAAAUACUACGACAAUAUAGGAAGGGUGCUACUAGAGUCCACUGAUGACCCUGAUGUUUUUCUGACCCUCGAUUACAAUCUCGAGCUUUAUCCCAAGUUGAACAAAAACGCGCGGUCACUGGAGGUGCAGAUACUCUCCAGUAUCUCAUAUCAGGACUUCAAUGUUAGUGCAGACUCUCCUAACUAUGACCCAAAACUCUCCGAGAUCCUUCACGACGCCUACCCAGACUUAGAUUAUGCUAUGCACGGCACUGUAUUUGAGUUUCGCGCCGUUGGCGAUAAAGUCGACAUGUUCAUAUCUUUUGGGGGGCUCAUCGCCAAGCUCCAGGCGCCAGCAUUCAGGCUUGAGCGCUUCAAGUUCGGCAUGAAGCUCUAUCUAUUGUGCUGCAAUACUAUGUGA